CUGCUCUCAGACCCCUCCCAAGGAUCACAUGUAAGAAGGGGGAAGUUUCAGGAUCUACUAUGUGCCAUCGCAUCAUGAUAGUUAUUGUUUGGAAUGUUCAGGAGGAAUUGCGUAAACUGAAUGGACACUGGCUGCAGAUAAACUGGUUGAGCACUCAUCUGCACGAUGGCUGACUGGGACUAUGACUACAUGAUCAAGCUGCUGGCACUCGGCGACUCUGGGGUGGGGAAGACCACCUUCCUCUACAGGUACACCGACAACAAGUUCAACCGCAAGUUCACAACCACAGUGGGCAUCGACUUCAGGGAAAAGAGAGUGAUAUACACAGGGACGGGUGCUGAUGGGACGACUGAGAGGAACUUCAAAGUCCACCUUCAGCUCUGGGACACAGCAGGACAAGAAAGAUUCCGCAGCCUCACUACGGCUUUCUUCAGAGACGCCAUGGGCUUCCUGCUGAUGUUUGACUUGACCAAUCAGCAAAGUUUCCUCAACGUCAGGAACUGGAUGAGUCAGCUACAGGCCAACGCGUACUGUGAUAAUCCAGAUAUCGUGUUGGUGGGCACCAAGGCCGACAUGCGAGACCUGCGGGAUGUUCAUACCAGACAGGCUAAAGAUCUAGCAGACAGAUACGGCAUCCCCUACUUUGAGACAAGUGCAGUGACGGGUGUGGAUGUGGACAAGGCAGUGACCACCCUGCUGGACCUGGUGAUGAAGAGGAUGGAGCAGAGCACGUACGUGGGCCCCAGCUCUGAACCCAACGGCAGCAUCGUCAUCACCCACGAUGUGCAGGAGGCUCGUGUCAGGAGAACGUGUGCUUGUUGAUCUCAGACACCGGCAGCCACUGUUUACACGUCUGCUCUGAGUGACACUGUAGCUUGAGAAGCUACCGGUUUAUGGAGCUUGACUAAGGUGCCUGCUAGGUAAGACAGAAGAUCAGUUCCACAAAGAUUUGAUUCAUACUAUGAAAAAUAUCCCUUUUCACUGAAAGCAGUACAGUUAAGUGUAAAUCCUCCCUGUCACAUUAUUUAUUUGCAGCCUGUGCAUCGUUAAGCAUCAGGUCUUAAAAGAUUCUAAUUUAAAAGGUUAAAUUCCACCUCAGAUUCCACUUUCCACUUAAAGAGUCUUAGAAGGUUAUGAGAAGUCUUCAAAUUUUAUAUUUUAUGUUCUAUUGCCUGGCAUAAACAUUCAA